ACAUACAUAUUUAUUAUGGUUUCCAUUUACAGGAGACUCAAUAACAAUGAGUUUACAGUGCUGGAAGCCACAGGGAUCUUUAAGAAACUUCCCCAGCUGCGUAAAAUAAAUCUAAGCAAUAACAAGAUCACUGAUAUUGAAGAAGGCGUAUUUGAAGGAGCCGCUGCAGUCAAUGAACUUUUGCUGACAAGUAACCGGCUGGAAAAUGUACGGCACAAAAUGUUGACAGGGCUGGAAAGUCUCAAGACACUAAUGCUGAGGAGCAACCGGAUUAGCUGCGUGAGCAAUGACAGCUUCACGGGUUUGAGUUCGGUCCGGCUGCUCUCCUUGUACGACAACCAGAUCACCACUGUAGCUCCGGGAGCCUUUGACACGCUUCAUUCUCUCUCCACGCUGUAA